UAGAUUGUGAACGUUUAAUGUUCAAUUUUUAAAAUGACUUUAUUGAAAAUAAGGAUCGUGAAACGUUGUUGAUCUACGCAAAACAAUUAAACGUUAGAUUUGUCAUGGAGUCUCUUACUGAAAAAGAAUGCAGUGCAUUGGGAGGCCUGUUUCAGUUCAUUAUCAGCGAUAUGAAGGUUGCUACUCCUAUCUGGGAGGAUUUUCUUGGAAAAACUUCCAAACUCCAUGCCCAUUUGAAAGCUACUAUACUUGCAUUGGCUGCAUUUUUAGAUGCCUUUCAGAAGAUAGCUGAUAUGGCUACUAAUGCACGUGGUGCAACAAAAGAUAUUGGCUCUGCUUUGACUAGGUUAUGCCUGAGACACAGAAGCGUUGAGACAAAGCUCAAAACUUUCUGCAGUGCACUGAUGGACCAUUUAGUGAUCCCUCUGCAGGAUAAAUUGGAAGAUUGGAAGAAAGUAGCAUAUCAAAUGGAUAAAGACCACGCCAAAGAAUACAAACGGGUUAGACAGGACAUUAAAAAGAAGUCUUCUGAUACACUGCGUUUGCAAAAGAAAGUUCGGAAAGCUCCUAAAGGAGAUGCUAAAAAGACCUUGGAUAGUGCCAUUCGGGAUGUCAACACUAAAUAUCAUCUUUUGGAAGAAACAGAAAAACAAGCUUUACGAAGAGCUCUUAUUGAAGAACGAUCCAGAUAUUGUUUGUUUGUCCAUUGCCUUCAACCUGUUAUUGAUUCAGAAUUAUCCACUAUGUAUGAAGUUAGUCAUAUUCAAGAAGUUCUGGAUGCAUUAUCUAAACUAGUAGAAGAUCCUAACAGUUUACCUCCUGCCAGUGAGCAAGUUAUACAGGAUGUAAAGAGUUCGGAUACAAGCUGGUCAUUUCGAACUCCUCCUGGAUCUCCAACUUCUGUUGGUUCAAGGAAAUCUAGCACUUGUAGUAUUAGCAGCCUAAAUAGUUCCUCUAGUGACAGCACACAUUCUCCUUCUUCCCAUCAACGAAGUCGAUCUUUGUCUCAGCCACCAAGUGGAGCAUUUAGACUGUCAAGUGUAUCUUCUCAAGAUUCAGGUUUUACUUCCCAGGAUACAUUGUUCACGAGGCUUCCGACGCCACCGCCAUUAGAGCUCACUGAUCAGGUAAAUGAUGCUUCAAAAAAAUCUGAAUCAGUGAAGAAAGAAAGUCCAUCGCCUUCUUUUCCAGAAGCUCCUUGUGCAAUGGCAACUUGGCCAAAUCUGCAAGAUACCUUACAGUUUGAAAAGGCUGCUGCUUCCAUUGUUAAGUCACAGCGACCACACACAAUUUCAACAGCUUAUGAACGACACAAUCGUCCAACCAUAACAACACAUACAUUUAGACCUCUUCAGUCUGAAAGUGAAUCAGCUCCAAUGCCAGAAUAUCCUCCAGACUACCCAAUAGAAGAUUUUGCGGAUGACUGUAGUGAAGAAGCUACACCAACACAUAAAUCUUAUCCUCCUCCAUUACCUUUAAGGGCCGAAGAAAUGGAACAUGUAGCUCCAAUCAUUCCACCUAAGCCUCAUAAUCUUGCUCACAGAUUACAAAAGACAGAGUCUCAAAUUAGGAAAAACACAGAAAAUCAUAUAUAUGUAAAUAUAGGAGAUACAUGCAGUGCCUCUAGCAAAUCCAAUACUUUGAAUAAUGCAACUACUCCAGACUGCUCCUCAAAAGCAUCUUUUCAAAAAUGUUUAGCUGCAACCCUUGCUCAAAAUGCUGUUCAGCAAAAAUUGUUAAAAGAUACUUCCAGUGUAACUCCUGAACAAGGAAUAGAACAAAUUCCAUCUAACAACUUACAUGAUUCACUAUCCUCAAAAUUAUCAAACGAGGAAGGAACCUAUACUGUUCGAGCACCACCACCACCUGUACGAAGGUCUUCGGCACCACGUCAUCCUCCUUUAGUGCCACCUCACCGGAGAAGCAAUGACCCCUCUUCAAAAGAAUCAACUUCAUGGAAUGUGUUUUCAGAAAAUGCUGACAGCUCAGAUGCUCAUGCUCAGUUAAUGCGUGCUCUAAAUGCACGUCUCGACGCUCUCCAACGAGAUUCAGAUGAUGACAUAGUAGUUCCUGAACGACUUCCACCUCCUCCUCCUCCUUUAGAAGAAGUUCUUGAAGUUCCGCCUCGACAAAAUUCUCAAACAGCCCCAAUGAAGAAACUACCACGCACACCAGAAAAGACUAGCUUGCUGUCAGAUUUAGAAUUGAAACUUAGUCGGGUGGAGCGAAGAGAUCGCAAACCUGAUCCAUCAAAAUUCCACACUGCUCCUAGACCAUUAGAAACCAAAGCACAACGCCGUAUAUCACAACCAACAUUCAGUGAACUUCUCGAUCAGUUCCCAAGAAACAAGAAUCCAAUUGAAGAACAAGCUCCAAUGAAAAGGCUCCCACCUGCUCCUGACCGUAGAAGUUCCCUAGAUCUCGAACGUACAAAAGUUCAUAGAGGUAUACUUUUCCAAACAGACUCGAUAAAAAGUCACAGCAAUUCUCAAAAUGAUGCCGCUUCCCGUGUACAAAAAUGGCUUGCUGGGCGAGGCUCGGUUGAUGUAUCUCAAUGUCAUGCUGAUCUUCUGGGUGAAAUACGAGUUGGCGUUAAUUUGAGGAAAGCAAAUAGUGAUGAUCGAUCUGCUCCAAUAUUGCGUUCAAAGCUGAGGCAUCCUAAAUAG